AUGAAGCUGCAGCCAGCUGUUCACCACGUCAAAAUAGACCGCAAGCUCCUGAAGCGUCAAGUUGAGAGGAGGAGGCGGGAAAGGAUAAACCGUUGCCUAGAAACACUCAGUAAGAUGCUGAUGCAAGACAGUGAGAACCAGAAAAGAACUGAGAAAGCAGAGAUUCUGGAACACACUGUUGCUUUUCUGAGGAGCAACAGUCACCAUGACAGCAACAACUCCCACAAUGGCUUCUCCACCUGCCUGAAAAGAGCCUCUGAGUUCCUCCAGACAACAGAACUGGCCUCAAAUCAGAAGCUGGUGCUGUCAUCAAGACUGGACAUGGUUGCUGUCCACCAGCAUCAUCAUCAUCAUCAUCCUCUGAAACAGGACGUCCAGUCACCCCUUUCUCCAGCCACCACCUCCAAGCCACUGAGCCCCAAAAGCUCAACUUUAAAAGCUGCGUUGUGGAAUCCCAGAUCACCUUCCUCCAUGUCCACGGUCUCCCCCUCCCACAGACGCCUGCUGACCCCAAACUUGCAUGUCCAACCAUCUACACAAGCUUCCAGCCCCAUCACAGCAGGCUACAUACGGAUUGGGAAGGGAGGCUGUUGUCCCCGGCAACUCUUGCCACCAGACCAGCCCAUGUGGAGGCCAUGGCCUUAA